CCUCCCGUGCCUCUCUCUCCUCCCCCUGCCGCCGCCGCCGCCGGCGGCGCGAGUCUAGAAGAGAGGCCGAAAGCCGGCGCCUGCACCGCCGCCGCUGCGCCCCACCGCGCCCGGCCUCCAAGCAGCUCCAUUCUUCACCUUCUCGCGCGCGCCUCCGCCGCAUCUCUGGACCGCUGCUUCCUCCCCGCCCCAAGCCUAUGGACAUGUCCGGCCCCAGAUGGAAGAAGGGCAAAGACGGCAAGAAUUUCUCAGCUCUGGCAGCAGCUCAACCCAUGUCAGGCAUUGUUGCUAAGCUCCAGUCUUCACUGAAAGGCGCAACACUUGUGGCCACUUUAUCUAGCCAGGGUAGGGACGCGAUUCUUGGCGUGAACCCGCAGCAAGCUACACUUCUGAACCGUGCCGCCUUCGGCCGGGCUCUGGACAAUGCUGGAGCAGAGAAACAGUGGUUCCAGCUGGGCGCUGAGGAGGUCUUCUACCUAUGCCAUGCUUUGAAGUGCAUCUCAGUUGAGUCGGCGAGCAAGGAGCUGAUGAGCCAAGGGGAGCUGUGGGAUCACUUGUGCUCUGCAUCAGAGUCAUUUCCUGAGAUGUACAAGGCAUACUCGCAUCUCAGAUCGAAGAACUGGGUGGUGCGGUCGGGCUUACAGUAUGGCACAGAUUUCGUAGCUUACCGUCAUCACCCAGCGCUCGUCCACUCAGAGUUUGCUGUGGUUGUAGUCCCAGAAGGAGUGGAGUUCGGCGGUAGGUGUGGCCGCCUGAAUGUGUGGUCUGAUCUACUGUGUGCACUACGAGCUUCUGGCAGUGUGGCCAAGACACUGCUGGUUCUAACCAUCUCCAGCAGUAAUUGUGAACUGAGCUCCCCAGAUUGUUUAGAACAACUGGUUGUUCACGAGAGAACAAUUAGUAGGUGGAUAGCCCAGCAGUGCCGUGAGCAGCGAUGUGAACCGCGCAGAGAAGAAGCAGAGAAGGAAGAACAAGAUCAGGCAAGAGAAACUGUAGUCUUCAACUAUUUGGGCGUAAUACUAGGCUUCACAGUUCUUUCUAGCUUACUUGUAUACAAGCUGAGAUUCCAACAAUAAACCUAAAUAUUUCUCUGUACUCCUAUUGGUGAUGUGUAAUUUCUCAUCUUAUCAAACCUGUGCCAGUAUUCUUUUGCA